AUGGGAUCGCUCUCCAAAUUUUUGGUGCGUCUCAACACGCCGAUAGAGCGUCCUUACGCGACUGCGUUUGUGGUUGAUCGGGUGGUUGCUGUUGUAAUUCAGUACUUGCAUCGUGCCGCCACAAUAUUUGCGACAGACGAGGACAUCAAGGAAGGCCAACUGGUUGUUCUAUUCCUCCUUCAUGGUGACUUGGACGUCCGGGAAUACGUUGUUGAGAUGUUCCUUAAACGUGAGCACUUGAUCCCGUUCGAUGACAAAGAAGGUGUCAUCCACAUACCGUGCUCAGAAUAUCGGCCCGUGGUGUUGGAAGACUAG